AUAAACACAGGGCGUCUGCGCGUAUCUAAGUAGGACAAUUAAGUGAUAACGUAUCAAUGGAUUUAUCAGAAAUGCUACUCUUAAAAGUCUUCUUUUUCGUAUACUUAGUAAAUUGCAACCAAGGUCACUAUGGUAAUCCCCUGAGCAAGUAUAUCCGUCACUAUGAAGGUCUGUCCUACGACACAGACCUUGUCCACAGCAAGCACCAGCGAGCCAAAAGGGCACUCUCCCAUGAAGACAAAUUCCUUCAUUUAGAUUUCCAUGCCCAUGGAAGGCAUUUUAACUUACGAAUGAAAAGAGACACUACUUUGUUUGCCCAAGAUUUGAGGGUGGAUGUUUCAGGUGAAGAGAUCCCAUAUGAUACCUCACAUAUCUAUACAGGAGAACUCUAUGGCGAGAAGGGCACAUUAAGCCAUGGUUCCAUAGUGGAUGGCAAGUUCGAGGGCUUCAUCCAGACUUACCAGGGCACCUUCUAUGUGGAGCCUGCUGAGAGAUACCUGAAGGACAAAAAUGUUCCUUUCCACUCCAUCAUUUACCAUGAAGAUGACAUUAACUACCCACAUAAGUAUGGGCCAGAGGGAGGCUGUGCUGACUACUCGGUUUUUGAAAGGAUGAAGAAGUACCAAGCCUCUGCAAUUGAGGAACCAUCCAAGGAGCUCCAUACUGAGGAGACUGAGGCAGGCUCCAGUGACCCCAUGCUGCUGAGAAAGAGGAGGAUGGCCCAGAUUGAGAAGAACACCUGCCAGCUUUUUAUUCAGACUGACCAUCUCUUUUAUAAGUACUACAAGACCAGAGAGGCUGUCAUUGCACAGAUCUCCAGUCAUGUCAAAGCUAUUGACGCUAUCUAUCAGGGCACAGACUUCAUGGGCAUUCGCAACAUCAGUUUCAUGGUGAAAAGGAUCAGGGUAAACACUACGAGUGAUGAGAGGGAUAAGUCCAAUCCGUUCCGCUUCGCCAACAUCGGGGUAGAGAAGUUCCUAGAGCUGAAUUCAGAGCAGAACCAUGACGAUUACUGCCUGGCCUAUGUCUUCACCGACAGAGAUUUUGACGAUGGAGUACUGGGUUUGGCCUGGGUCGGCGCCCCUGCAGGGAGUUCAGGAGGAAUCUGUGAGAAAAGCAAGUUAUAUUCGGAUGGCAAAAAGAAAUCUCUGAACACUGGUAUUAUCACCGUCCAGAAUUACGCCUCCCACGUUCCUCCAAAAGUCUCCCAUAUCACUUUUGCUCACGAAGUCGGCCACAAUUUCGGCUCCCCGCAUGACUCUGGGUCUGAGUGUACCCCAGGGGAAUCCAAGAGCCAAGACAAGAAGGAAAAGGGCAAUUACAUCAUGUAUGCCAGAGCCACGUCUGGGGACAAGCUCAACAACAACAAGUUCUCUGUCUGCAGUGUGCGCAACAUCAGCCAGGUGCUGGAGAAAAAGAGAGGCAACUGUUUUGUUGAGUCUGGCCAGCCUAUCUGUGGGAAUGGCCUGGUGGAGCCUGGAGAGGAGUGUGACUGUGGCUACAGCGAUCAGUGCAGGGACCAGUGCUGCUAUGAUGCCAACCAACCUGAUAACAAGAAGUGCAAACUUAAACCAAACAGAGUGUGCAGUCCUAGUCAGGGCCCUUGUUGUACUGCUGAGUGCACUUACAAGGGUCGUAAUGAGAAGUGCAGAGACGAAUCUGAGUGCGCUCACCAGGGCAUGUGUAAUGGCGGCACCGCCCAUUGCCCCACCUCUGAACCUAAGGCAAACUUUACUGCCUGCCAUGGAGACACCCAAGUCUGCCUCAAUGGGGGCUGCUCUGGCUCCAUCUGUGAGAAGUAUGGGCUAGAGGUGUGUACGUGUGCUAGCCAGGAUGGCAAGGAUGAGACAGAGCUAUGCCAUGUGUGCUGCAUGGAGAAAAUGAACCCCAACACGUGCAGCAGCACAGGCUCCGAGCGCCUAGCUCGCUUCUUCAACAAGAAGGUAACCACCCUCCCAGCCGGCUCGCCUUGCAACGACUUCAAGGGCUACUGUGACGUGUUCAUGAAGUGCCGUCUAGUGGAUGCAGAUGGACCACUAGCCAGGCUAAAGAAGGCCAUCUUCAACCCUGAGCUUUAUGAGAACAUUGCAGAGUGGAUUGUGGCCCACUGGUGGGCAGUGCUACUGAUGGGGAUUGCCCUGAUCAUGCUAAUGGCUGGCUUCAUUAAGAUCUGCAGUGUGCACACCCCCAGCAGUAAUCCCAAACUGCCCCCUCCUAAACCACUCCCAGGCACUUUGAAAAGGCGGCGAGCCCAGCAGCACGCAAACUCCCAGGUGCAACACCAGUCCCAGCACCCCCACGCCCACCAGCACGGCCACGGUGGCCACGCCGGCCACGGUGGCCAAAGGCAGCCACAGAGACCGGCUCAGAGGCAGGCCCAACCUCAGAGGCACCACCGUCAGCCCAGAGAGAACUAUCAGAUGGGCCAGAUGAGACGCUGAGACACUGGCACCUCCCUCUAUGCCUUGGCUCCUCCUUGUGCCUACAAUGGGAAACAAAAUAUAACAUCACUCCAUCCAAAGAAAAGCUUAACUCGGUCGUCAGUCACAGUCACCUCCUCCAUCCGCAGUCAGACGAAACAAACACACGGACAUGAGAAAACAGCCAAAACCGUCGACUCACUGGCCAUCCAGCAACCCUCUUAUUGGCUCCUUGUGGAGUGGACUCGACCAUCAGCCAUUUCCAGUGCAGUGCAGUGUGGCAUUGUUUUUUUCCACCAGUCUUUUUUCUUUUUUUCAUUGAGUGCCAAGGAGUGCAGGAUUUAUGUGUAGCUUUAGUACAUCAGUGUGAUGUGUGUUUGUUUGUUGUUUCUUUGUUUCGUUGGUUCUUCCUGAGCGACACGCCUUUGGCUGCCCGGUGAAUAGUUUUGUGCUUUUCUUUGGCCGUUUUCGCCGGGAAUGACACUACGUGAGGAACUGCGGCACUUUUGUGAUGUACACAUUUCAAACAGCAAAAAGGCACAGGCUCUGGUCUCUGGUGCAGACAGUCUUCUGCAUGUGACUGUACAGAAUAAGUGUAUCAUAAGUGAAAACAAAACUAUUUCUUCUACUGUAAAUGUAUAGUUCUUUCCCUUUUUUUUGGAUUAGUGCUCUCAGGACUCUUGACACAAAUUUAAGGUAUCGGUUGUGGUGAGCUCCUUGGACACUUGGUGUUGAGGAAAUGAUGCCAAUCCAGUUCUCUUUACAGUAGUCCAGUCACACGGACCUCUUUCAGUUCUGUUGUUAUUAUUAUUAGAUUUGAAAUAUGAACAAGUUCACCAUAUCCUGCUUUCUGGACCUCGGUCCCACUUUCUCGGCUUAUUUUUAUUGCUUUGUUAACAUGUUAUGAUUUCACUACGUAACAAGCUGGAUGAUUUAUGGGGUUGUGGGUGCGGAAAGGAAAGAUCACCUAGUUAGAAACACUUUUUAUUGUCUUUUACUUCUUUUUUUUUGUUUCCAUAAUGAAGAUCAAAUAACCACUAGCUGAAGUUGAUGAUUUUACCAGUUUAUAUAUGAAGGUAGAGGGAAAGCGGAGGCUUUUUAAGGCUAAAUGUAGGGCUGAGAGCAAAUAAUCAUAUGACACUAAGUUACUAGGGCCUUAAAUGUAUCUGAAAAUGGCCUGCGGGGUGUAAAAAAAAAGAAAAAAAAGAAAAAAAAAGAAAAAAGCGAGAUUACGACAUUCUCUUAUUCUUCAGAUAAUCUGUUCUGAGAACUUUUUCAUUGUGGGCAUGCAGACACAUUUAUUAAAUGUGACUAUUAAUUGACAAACGUCUGUAAUAUUUGUAUGUCACAACUGAUCACCUAUACUUUUACACAGACAGCCAUUAUUUUUAGUCUUAAAACAUCUGGAAGGGUUUGUGGAGCAGUGUAAGACAGUUGUGCUCUCGAACGGAAGGGUUUAGGAUGAGCAAAAAUAAAAAUGAUAAUAAUACUCUGCAUUGUAAACGGCUUGUACCCCAGGUUCUAACGGGUUCUUCGGUUUUUAAGCCAACGUGCAUGUUUCUCCUGGCCAGCGCCUUGUGCCCAGGUCCCCCUCAGAGCUCACGAGUACAGGCCCGGUGUUGGUUUGCGUCAGUGUGCCGUUAACCUUUCGUGAAGAUUUAACUUUCUCGACAGCUUUUUUUAUCUUUACAGAAGAGCGGGAACGGUCCCCCCAAGCCAGUUUACAUGGCGUUCUCAGGAUGGAAGAGUUGGGAGUGCUGUCGGGAAACUUCCCUCCUCAUCACAGACCCCCCCCCCCUUCAAGGAAAUAGCGCUAAAUGAAAGAAGUCAAGUCGUUUUUAUUUGUGUAGCCCGGUAUCACAAAUUACAAAUUUGCCUCAGUGGGCUUCACAGCAACCACAACAUCCUGUCCUUAGACCCUCGCAUCGGAUAAGGAACAGCUCCCUAAAAAACCCUUUAACGGGGAGAAAAAUAGGAAGAGACCUCAGGGAGGGCAACAGAGCAGGGGUCUCUCUCCCGACGGACAACAUGCAAUGGAUGCUGUGUUUACACCAUUUAGAGGGGUAGCAGAGUUGUGAUGGGAAGAUAACCGGUGUCUGUACACGGGAUGUGUUGGGGAACUCAGAUUUAUCAAGCGGUAAAUAUUGGGCUUGCGGAGCUGGCUUAGUUCAGAGGUUCAGUAGGACUUUUUUUUUGUUUUUUUGGACGUGACUUGUGUUUAACACGGCGCCGCUUUUCUAAAUCCUCUCUAGGAUGUGCAUCACACCCGCUUCCACCCGCGGCCGGGAGGUGAAACAAGCGCACGUGAGCUCUGGAGGGGACUCGGGCGAGGCGCGCGUCUCAGUCACCCGUUCAUUUCACAUGGCAGGUGAAUCUGGGGGAGGCGAACGGUCUCUAACAUACCUUAAGGACAACGUCUGUACAAAGCGGAGCCGUUUUUAAAAAAAACAAAAACCAUGUCAUCCUCCGGGCCGGAUCACUCCCGCCUGCCCGGCUUACUCACAAACUUGUAAACUUGUACAGUACUUGGAGAACUUGCGUUUCAUUUGAAGAUGAAAAUUACAUUUUGAUACGUCUGUUUUAUUUUUUUGUAUUCCAAUUCCAGAGUAACGUGUUCAGAGACGUUCACAUGUGACAACUGCCCCUCCUAAGUUAUUUCCGUUUAUAUAUGUGCUCGUCGAAGUGGGGUCUGCCGACGAUACUCUGCCCCACCGCCCUCGGUAGACGGACGGAACAAGUCAGUGUAAUGGACUCAGUGUUUCAUCCUCAUUUUUGUCUUUGUUAUCCUGUGGCAUGGUUUGGGUAGACGAGAAGAAGAAUAAUGCCUGUAAAUUUACUUUUAAUUUCAAUUCGGUAGUCUCUUUUAGGUAAAUGUGCACUGAAAAUGUCCCGAUUUGAGUUGACAUGUUGUAGGUUGAUGUAGGCCGAAAGAUCACUAGAUUUAAAAAGUAAAUACUACUGUCUGAUCUUAAUGUUCACUGUGUUUUAUACAGUAUCGAGAUUUUUUUGUUCACUUUGAACAUUUUUACUAAAAAAAAAAAAAAUUAAAAAAAAGGAGAAAAAAAAA